CAAGAAACCCGGAGAAAGUCUCAGCCUGGUCCUCCUACACCACACACCGAGCUCUCUGAGCUUGUUCACACACACGCCUAGUUUCGCCCGGUUGUCAUACGAGCCCAGGAAUGCCAUGGCCACUCAGCCCAACCAGGACUACUUCCGCUCGGUCAGCAGCGAGUCCACUACCUACAUGAUGGUGCCGGCGAAUGGCCGCAGAGAGUCUCCGUCCAAGCUGUGGCUCGCCAUGGUGGUGAUUGUGGUGGUGGUGCUGCAGAUCGCCUCCACCACAGGACUCUUCCUCUACCUGAACAUGUCCCUGUCCCAGGUGAAGAACCAAGGAGUAACAGAAGAGCUGCGAUGUCUGAGAUUGCUCAAUGCCCUGGAUAAAAACCGGGAUGUUUCCGAGGAUCUGGCCCAGCUCUUAGGAGAAUCCUGCUUCAAGCUGGCUGAAGGCAUCAAGGCCUACAUCUCUAAGGUAACAGAGAACAUCAUCUCCAGACAGACAUUACAAGAAGCCAGAACCCUACCACACAGUUACAACACUACAGGGGCGAAGUUUGUGACACAGAGACCUUCAGCCCACCUUACACUCAGCAGCCUACAAGGUGCCAGCCCUCAGUAUCCGAGUCCGCAGGCGGACCUGCACCAGUCGUGCCGCCACCCCGUGCGCUCCUGGGCCAACCAGAGCUUCGGCGCCCACCUGCACAACAUGACACUGGCCAACGGGCGUCUCCGCGUGCCUCAGGACGGACGCUAUUACCUGUACGCGCAGGUCUACUUCCGCUACCCGUCUCCCAGCGAGGGCGAGCAGAAGGGCACCAGCCACCAGCUGGUUCAGUGCAUCUACAAGAAAACAUCAUACCUGAGACCCAUCCAGCUGCUGAAGGGUGUAGGCACCAAGUGCUGGGCUCCUGAUGCUGAAUACGCCCUGCACUCCGUCUACCAGGGAGGUCUGUUCGAGCUGCGCGCCGGCGACGAGGUCUUCGUCUCCGUCUCCUCCCCCUCGAUGGUGCAUGCUGAGGACUCCUCCAGCUAUUUUGGUGCUUUCCGGCUGGACCUGUGAGGACGGAUCAGAGACACUGUGCCGAGGUUACAUUACCCAAGAGACACUGGGAGGAUUUGCUUGUCUCUUGUGUGGUCCCAGGAGACAGCUCAGACAUUGCAUUGUUUCUAUUUUCUUUUAAUAAAUUGAGAUUUUUUUUAUAUAUAUAUAUAUGUAUAUGUAUAUAUAUAUGUGAAGGAAGUGGUUCAGACGAUUGGACCCCCCUUUUUUAAGGCGGAAGAAUGUAUGUAUAUUUUUAAAAGCACAUCAAAGAUGUGGAUUUUGGAAACAGUAGCAAAAAAAAAGACAGUAGGAUUGCCAGAACUUUGCGAGGCUUCAUCUGUGCCAAUCGUGCGCAUGUCUGAUGUACGAGGAGAAAAACUGUGCUUUCGCCUCAAGCCACUGGGCAUCGGUAUUUAAUGCAUUUUUUCAAAUCUAUUGAGAUGCAAGAAGAGAAGAGCAUGCCAGGCAAAAGAGGAGAGGCGUAUGCUGUGCAGAUGCAGGAAUUCUCUGUGGCCAGUCCAACCAGUGGAGCAGCAUGCAAUCACAGAUAGAGACUUAAAAACAGACAUCACCACCUGGACAUACACACACUCUCUCUCUCUCUCUCUCUCUCUCUCACACAUACACACACACACAGACAAUGCAGAAUGCACUUAUUUAAUGCAGAAAGCCAGAAAUGUGGGCACAUGAGAUGAGAUUUGUUGAUCUUUCAUUUAGAAGUCAGACUCAAUAAAUCAAAGGCACAGACAUGUUUACUUUCAAAUACACAUAAAUCAUAUACUCCCACUCAAGUCCCGCUUUCUAAAAGCAGACCCGCCUCGUUCACCCAAACACAAACACGCCCUCGUUCAACAAGAGCACAGUCCACUCGGCUCGGACAUCUGCGAUUAAAAAAAAAAAAAAAGAGUGUAUGAAAGGUUAAACAAACAGUGUGUCGUACAGUUUAAAUGUCACACCCGUGGCCUUUUAAUGCUUUGUUUUCUCCAAAGCAACAUUCACAUGAUCACAAACAUUUUCGGUGGAAUGACAUGUAUGUAACCUUUCUUUCUUUCUCUCUCUCUCUCUAUUUCUCUUCUCAGUUGUGUGUGUAUGUAUGUAAAUAUAAAUAUACAGUACAUGGUGGCUAUUUAAGUUUGCCUUAUACAGUGUAUUGGGAGAGAAUAACACAGGAGAUGUGAUCUCACCUCCAACCUACUGAGGUUCUGAACAGGCAGAAGAUUGAGAAAUCUGCAGGCCAACGUCUCUGCCAAUACAUAUCGUUUGAUGGACAACAGAGCACGCGUGAGGCAAUAACGUGUAAUUUAAAUGGCCAGAUUCUUGAUCAGUGGCCAAGUUGGACUUCAAUGUAAUUUUUUUUUCUUCCUGACUGGACUCCAGCCUGACGUUUCCCUGAUAAUGCCACUAUUCUCAAGGCCUUAAAACCAACUGCUGCCAAUACACAAUACACACAGGAGUGAAAUGCACAGCCCAAGCACUUUCUGUUUCCUUUCCCAAGGACUUGGCUGUGAGCCACAUUAGACGUUAUAAAUCAUCAUCUCCAUCUGGGACGACAUCUUGGAAGGAGUAAAUGCAUCAAGGAGACGUAUUGUGCAACAGGAAUAAUCGAUUCGAGCGAGCGUGAACGCGCGGUAUCAGUCAUUGGAGAGGCAAAUGCCGAAGUGGCUUUCAGUGUUGCAUUGAUUUGAAUGUGUUAGCGUGCGAGAGUAUUGGACUUGGUCUGCACAAUCAGUAUAAAAGAGGUUAUGGCAGGGUGCUACAAACGAUUUGGCAGCAUGUUACUAGCUCAAGCCUCAAACAUUUAGGCUAGGAUUUACAACUGGCUUCCAAAAUCUCAGUAAUCUUCAGCACAGCACACUUGGGGCCGUGGCACAUCAAGUCAGAACGGAGGAACUAGCACUGGCAAGGCUAAUUGUUGAGCACACAAAAACAACGCAAAAGUACAGCUGAAAGCUGGCAUGCGUGUCCGUUCCUCACUUAUGUGAAUAGUUCUCCAUACCGGCAGAUGGCAGUAGUCUGUCUUCAUAAUCACACUUUUCAAUUAGUUCUCCCAUCUCAUACUACUGCAGUCAAUAGUUUGUCAUUAUCAUACGCCGUCUACUGAGCAGGUAUCCCGACUUCUUACGUUAGCAUAUGGCUUAUAUAUCCGCUAGUUUUGACUCAAAUAAAACACAAAUAAAAUAUGCAGAGCAGAAUAAUCCACAGGAGGAGAGAAGACGCCAAGCAAGCAAAACGAGCAUUUCCUGCAGGUAGCAGAUACUUUCCUUUGCGAUAACUUUAUCUGGAUUGAAUUUUGACCUGUGAAUUUUUUUGUGGCCAAAACAAAA